GGGGCUCAGAGGCGGUGCCCGCCUAGCAGCACCUGGGAGAAGAGCGGGUUGGUCUCGGCUAGCAAAGCAUUGGGACGUUGGGUGGUGGCUGGCGAAAGAGGUCUACGCGUCAGGCUGGGCAGCUAGCUGGGCAGCAGGGAGGCGGUGUUCCCCCGCCGGGGCGGACGUAGGCUGUGAGUAGCUCCAGGCCGCCAGGGCAGACGCCUUCAUAGUGCUGGCGCCCAUUUUGCCCGCCCGCUGAUGAGAGCCCGGCGCGGCCUACAUGCGUCACGGACAGCACUUUGAGGCGACAUCGCUGCGAAUAAAGGGCCUCUUUUGAAAGUCGGUCCUAAAACAGUUAAGGUUUUAUUUUAUUUUCUUUUAUUUCCAAGUCACAGCCCUUGGACCACUUCCGGCUGCUGGCCUGCACCUCCUACCUUCAGUUCUAGUGACCUCGGCUCGGGAUGCCCCUUGGUUCGUCCUAGGCUCACAACGCGAACCCUGCUUGAGUGUCCCGGGGUGGGGGACCUGGAAGUUUUAGCCUAGCUGUGCUGGAGGCGGAAUAAUUAGUCCAAGAAACAUUUUAUUCAUGCUUAGGUGGAGAAAAGCAGGGCUAGAAUUGGAACUCAAAGCCCAGAAUGGCAAGAGAGGAUGUGGGGGCUCCACCCGAUCAUCUCUGGGUUCACCAAGAAGGAGUCUACCGCGACGAAUAUCAGCGCACAUGGGUAGCUGUGGUGGAAGAGGAGACAAGUUUCCUAAAGGCUCGAGUCCAGCAAGUUCAGGUUCCUUUAGGUGACGCAACUAAGCCAAGUCACCUUCUUACCUCCCAACUACCUCUCAUGUGGCAACUCUACCCAGAGGAGCGCUACAUGGAUAACAACUCUCGCUUGUGGCAGAUUCAGCAUCAUUUAAUGGUCAGGGGAGUACAGGAACUACUCCUUAAACUUUUGCCUGAUGAUUAACCUGGUGCUGGAUUUCUAGGAAGAUACGCUCCUCUGUUCAAUUCAUUACAUGGCAAUCACUUCAUUCACCACUGCCGUGCUCCCACCCUUAGGCCGGGGGAUUAGGGGGAGGAUUAGUUUGAAAAAAACUGCUCAAGAACAGAGAUAUUUAGGAAGGGCCAUGAAGAACAUUGCCAGUGACACUACAGAGAAAGGGUUACACAGGGCAGAAAUCAAGCCAACAAAAGCAUUUAGUCAGGAUAUGUAACUUUAAAUUGACUCCUUUGGGAAUUGCUAUAGAAUCUUUAAUGGACUUCAUCGGCUGAACCUAGGAUCUGGUGAAUCCCACAAAAAUCAGAGCAUGCUACAGAACAGAUGCCCUCAUCACCAAGGACUUGGUGCCGAUUUAGAGAGAAGAGAGCAGCUUUUGCAGCAUCAACGUGUAUUUGUCGCUUAUUUCCCCUGCAGCAAAUUCACCUGCUUUUUCUUAUUCCAUCCUGUAAAUAUAUGAGAUUUUGUUCUAGUGUUUCCCAUCCCAGUACUGACCUAAUUUGGAUCUACUGAGAACUUAAGGAGUUCUGGGAGAAAAAGGUUAUUUGUACUGAUGAAAUUAGCUGCAAAGGCUCCUUUGCCUUUCUUCUUUCUGAAACUGUGUCUUUGAAUUGUUCUUACAAGUUUCUGAUCAAAAUUUUGUGAAUCUAAAUUAUUUCUUUAA